GACGUGAAGCUGAAUCCAGAUCAGCUGCCGAGAAUUGGACACGUGGACAACGUUGAAACUCUCAAGCGAUUUGCAGUCGUCGACACCAUCCCAGAAGAUGUUGCCCUGAGGCUUUUUCUCGUCGAGGACAUGACUGCUCCCGUUAUCGAGGUCUUAGGUAGCGCAUACGACUGCAACCCGUUAUUCUUUGCGCACCACAUGUAUACGACAGGUGCAAGAAAAGAGGAAUACAUUGGCCACGAUGGAAAACCAACUAAACCACUUAAACCAGAACUCUACCCUUCUGAGCCCCAUUCAACAGCCCAUCCAGAUGUAUACACACCGAGUGAAAAGGGAGCCUUUCCGUUUUUCUCGCUACCCUUCCGAAGGACCCUUGGCCAUAACCUCGGCCCAGAAAUCAUCGAGUCCAUCCAGCAGAAGCGGUCAAUGUUUCGUCAGCUUCAUACUAUCAGGAGUUUUGCUCAACUUGGGAUGCUCGAGGAGAGAGUGUCAGGCACAAUACUACCUGUAGUACCUAUCUCCGAUACAAAGAGCACGCAUACUAGUGGAUAUUGUUAUUUGACUCACCAGGAGCCAGUCCUACAGAUUCUCGAUGGGCAUUACAUUGGACACUACCUGAUCGACCCCCAAUACGUCGCCCUCUGUUCGACAUAAUCCCUUCAUUCUCUUCGACGAAUUUGUCGGCUGGACCGCCGGGACACCGCCCUGAUCCCUCUCCGCCAACUCAUGGAGGGGCAGCGCCAUUCAACAAGUCCACCAAGUACGAUUUGGACC